AUGGAUUCUGAAAUUGAUUCUAUUCCUGAGACACUCUUUCGUCCCACAAAGCGACGCAAGUUUAUGAGAAGACGGCUAGACGAUGGCGCAGGGGAUACUGCCCUCAAAGGAAACGACGCAUCUGAAGCCCUUCCCAGCGAAGGUGAUGGCAGAUCUCAACAAACUACAAGUGUUGUCCGUGUAGGACGACCCCACUCUACUCGCAAAGGUGGCAUUGGAUUUUCCACCACUUCGCGAUUUGGCAAGUAUGAAGGUCACCAGCAGGCACUCUCGUUAGCUGAAAAGUUGGAACAAGAGGCAAAAGAAAGGGUUCAGACCAUGAGGGACCGAUUUACACAACAUACUGGUCAGACUGUGGAUGUGGACCGACACAUGUUAGAACCAUCUCCUCCUUGGACUGUUAUUAGAGCGACGCGAACUAAUAAGAUAAGGAUUGCUUACAUAGAUUCCGAGAUGGCUAAACGCGAUCAUCGAAAUCCACACCCAGAAACCGCGGAGACAAACCAUUCAAUCAUAGAAUCUCGUGGCGAGUCGUCUGUACCUGAACGAGAGCCCGCAUCACUGGGCAAGCUACAUGAAAUCAAUCUAGGACAGGAAAUAAAGCUGCAGAACAUCGCACGCACGGAGGCCGCCACUCGACGACUUGUGGGGGACGAUGACUCAACUGGCAUACCCAGUCAACCUCCUAGUGGCCCUGCUGACAGACAGCGAUGGUACAACCGCAAGCGACGCACCAGUGCAGAUAUCGAACGAGACCGACUUGUGGAGGAGGUAUUACGUGAAAGUAAACUGGAUGUAUAUGAUGAACCCGAGGAUGAACCACUGUAUGAUGACGAAGCGGCAGAUGAACGAAUCGCGGCACAAUUCCAGCAAGACUUUAUGGAAGAAAUCCAAUCCCGUCGACGACUUGCACGGUCACGACCCAGCAAGACUGACAAGACGGAAGCACCCAAGGGACCUAAGCUGGGUGGGAGCCGCAGUGCGCGGGCAGCAAUGCGGGAAAUGCAAAACAAGGCCGGACAGAAGUAG